AUGCCGAGUAGCGCUGGGCUUAGGGACAGGUGUCUCGUCAAACCCUUAACGACGACCGACCGACGUCACUCCAAGCUCGCACAUCGUUUGGCGCAACCUGGCUUAAAGCCCUGGAAGGAGGCUCGUGGGGACCUGCAGAAGUCUCCCGGCUCAUCGUGGUUCUUGCGAAGGUAUGCGCCGGCAUGCUUCGUUUCGUGCAGAUGAUGCGUGGAUUGUGAUGCGUCUAUUGGUUUCUGUGCUGUAGGUUGACUCCUUCCUUCACAAGACAAGCAGCAGCCUGCUGCCCUCUCGGGAGGCCCACCCGCUGAUCAAGGAGCUGGACAGAUCGAUGGCGUCUGUGUGGAGGUGCGCGAGAGUCACACACAAAUGCAACACAGACGGGUGUGGCCGCACUGUCUGCCUUGUCUGCAGGCUGCCCAUUGUGCUGCUUCUUCUGUCCGUCGCCCUGUCGCUGCCGUCGUCUGCGGCCUUCGUCCGGCCCAUCCGACUGACACAGACAGGGCCCAUCCGACUGGCACACCAACCGCAGCCCACACCGACGUCAUCCGGAGGGAGGCCGCUGACCGCCCUGAGUGCUGGCAGAUCCAACCUUUACAAGCAUCUCAGCCAACGGGACAUCGCCUGUGUCAACGUGGGUGCGUUACUCAUCAUCCUCGUCUUUCAAUUCUCCGACAUCAUUGGGCCCAUACUCUUGGAGUACAUCAGCGCCGUUGACAUCAGGUGACUAACUGACAAGGCUGGCCGCAUCGUAGAUGACGUAUGUGUGCGUGUGCGUGUGCGUGUGCGUCUGUCUGUAUGUGCAUCCACGUGCAGCUUGAGCAGCCCUGAGAUCGUGGCCAAGUUGGCGAGUGUCGAGGUUGACGCCGUUGCCGUGCCUUCUCGGCUCCCCGUUAUCGCAGUGCUGGUGCCCGCCAUCCUGUACUGGUGGAACAAGAUCCCGGAAUCCAACACCAUACCGAGAGAUCGUAAGCGGUGGCCGGAUGCACAUCCACAUCCGUGGACAUCUUUUUGUCUGUGUGUGUGGCGUUGAUCAAUCAGGUGACGUGCCGGCGGAUGUACGACUGCUCGAGAACAGCUGGACAAAACCACGGCAGGAGAAAAAAGGGUCCCAUGAGGCUGCGGGAUGUGAGAGUGCGGGAUUUCAAUUGCAUGGGUCUGGGCCUCGCCGUUGGCGGCUCUCUGUACAGCUGCCUUGAGAUUCUUUUUGAUGUAGUAUCUUGGAGUAUGGCGGGUGUCCAGGUGAAAGACCCCCUGGCGCUGUCGCUGAUGGCCGCCUACUUCGCCGUGGCCACGUCGUUCUGGCGGUCUACGGUGGCCUCCUGGUGGAAGGACGUCGUAGACGAUGAGUGA